AUGCUCGAAUUGCCGCAUUGGAGACUUGCCAUGCAGAGGAAAAGAAAACGAUACACUCUCAGCCCAUCCCCACCAGGGGAAUAUAGUGCUUCUCAAAGCCCAUAUAAACCCGAGCUGUUUCAAGUCUCACAGGCCUCAAACAGACAACCAACACCUUCAAAUGAUCAAUCAGAAUACAUCAAACCAUCUUUCGAUGAAAAUGAGUUUUUACCAGCAGAGCAACACGCCAACCAAACAGUCCAUGAAGAAAAUGCUCCCGGAGGUGCCGAGAGCUAUAUCGGACGAGACGCCUACCUGGACGGCAGCAUCCCGGCAACAGAAACCACCAACAACACGACACAGCAAGCACACAGCGGCCUCUCAGACAUCGACAUGCAGGUGCUCCACCUCUACAAAGCAUUCGACAUGCCACCGCGAUCCGUGCGAAACAGCCUGAUCGACAAAUUCAUGGAACACUGUCUUCCUUGGAUGCCCAUCGUAGAUCGACGCUGGCUGGAAGAACAGCCAGACCACUUCCCUUCACCAUUACUCCUCCAGUCGGUGUUUCUGGCGGGCAGUCGAGUGUCCGCUAAAUCGCUCAUCGGAGCCACGUCGGAAGACUACUAUCAACGAGCGAAAGUCUUGUUCUUCUCCGGUCACGAGAGGAAUCCACUGAUCUCUGUCGUUUCGGCGUUGCUUCUGCAUUGGUGGAAUCCAACUGGUCCAGAGCAGAUCUCUGCUAGUUCCAGUGGGUUCUGGGUACGCAUUGCCGCUGGUCUGGCUUAUCAGAUCGGAUUGCAUAAGGAGCCGAUAGCGGCUCGAGACAAGGCUCUUCACCGAAGGAUCUGGUGGACGUUAGUAUGGCGAGACGACGUGAUCUCGGUAGGAGUCGGGCGUCCACGAACCAUAAGCCUAAAGGACAGCAAUGUGUUACCACCAACCAUCAAAGACUUCCCAGCAGGCAGUCCAGAUGCAAAACUGUUCACCUCAUUCUGCCACAUCUGCCAGCUCCUAGGUGAUAUCACACAAUACCGACGUCGCAAGAGCUUCACAGCGUCCAAACGCCAGAAAUUCGAGAACGCACUAUAUCGGUGGAUCAAAGAACUCCCAUCCGAGCUCCGUCUCUUCAAACCCACAACUCCCACAACUUCCACCACCGCCCACAUCAACUCACUAGCCCCCUACAGCUUCAAGAACCGGCAAGUAGCAAUUGUCUACUUCGUGAUCCUGAUAAUCUUACACCGACGCGACGAACCCUCGACCCCAUCCUCGACCCCGUCACUGCUCGCCUCAUCCUUCAUAUCCAGUAUCUUCGAAGAAUUCCUGUCGCGCGACGAGCUGCGGUAUCUCGGCCCGGUCUUCGCCUUCUACGCGCUCGCCGCCGGCCUCGCACAGAUGUCCGGAUACCGGUAUGCGGCGCUCGAAGCCGCCGCCGAGCACGAGUUCAACGUCAUCUCCAUGUGCCUGGCGAGCCUGUCGGACCGCUGGGGCAGUGCGGCCGAGGCGAUGCGUUCGCUACAAGCGGCGAGGAAGGCGGCAAUGAGACUGCCGAAGCUGCAGAGGGAGCCGGCCGGAGUGGAAGAUGAUGUAUACCCGUACUUCAACGAUUUCGGGCCGGAUUUGUGUCGCCAGUGGCAUUUGCUGGGCAAGACGGCCGUGAAAAGCGCCGAGAGCGAUGGAGCUGCCUCGACGUCUCAAAUGCAGCAGCAACAGCAGCAACAAGUGGGCAAAGGGCAGCAGCACGUGGUGCUUGAACCCGCAUCACAUGCACAGGUCGAUGCUGGGUUAAAUGUGACGGGCAAUAGCGAGGAAUUCGUCGAUGGUGACUUUCUGGCGUUGUCACAACCACAGCAGUCGAUGUCUCUCGACCAGCAGGAUCCGAUGUUGUAUCCCGGUCUGGACAGCCUGUUCCCAGACCAACAAUUUGACUAUCCGUGGAGUGACCUGGAUCCCGUGGGGUCCUGGUUACUGGGUGAUUUGGGUUUGGAUAGCUCGCUUGGCCCGAAUACUUAG